AUGGAAGCUAAAGUGCCAUUGUCUUCAAGAUUGGAAGAAGCCCUUCGCUACCUCCUAAGCUCUCAGCCAACAAGACAAUCCAUAUGUAAAUGCGGCGCCCACCACGAAGGCCCAGGAUGGAUAUUCGAAACGGACACAUGGUCGCAACUCCAAGCUCUUCGACAAACCCUUUGCCAACGACCUGCAAUUUCAAAUAUCCCAACAGAUAUCCUCACCCAUAUUGAGGCAGUGAUUCAAUACAACAACCAACACAAGUUGCUCACCUCAACAACCUCCAUCAGUCCCGACGUGAUAAUCAAAUCCCAAGCUCCAAAUAGCAAACCUCUUCGAAUAUCCUGCUGGAAAGGAGAUAUUACCUCUUUAACAGAUGUCACGGCGAUCGUCAACGCCGCAAACGCCCAGCUGGAGGGCUGUUUCAGACCCGAACAUCUAUGCAUCGAUAAUGUCAUCCAUUCGGCUGCUGGGCCACGUCUACGGGAUGCUUGCCAUACCCUAAUCAAAGCGCAGGGACACCUAGAGCCAGCCGGCUCGGCAAAAGUCACACCUGGAUUCCUUCUUCCGGCAGAAUGGGUUCUACAUACAGUUGGACCACAACUAAAUCAUGGAGAGAACCCGGCAGCAAAGCACAAAACUCAGCUCGCUUCUUGCUAUCGGGCCUGCCUAGAUGCCGCUGAUUCAUUACCCUCUUUCGCAGACGGCCGGAAAGUCGUCGCAUUUUGCUGUAUCUCCACGGGCCUUUUUGCAUUUCCUUCCGCUCUUGCAGCAAACAUCGCUGUGGAGACUGUGCUAUCCUGGUACCAGGAACACAGCACGACCUCCAUAACAGAUAUUAUUUUUGACACAUUUCUCCAAAAGGACGAGGUUCUUUACCGGGAUUUACUCACAGGAUUGAAGCAUAGCUGCCCCAAUCUCAUAUACUCGCCAUCCAGUCUACUCUCUCAACCCCAGCCCCAAACUCCUUUAAACCCAUCGAUCCUAAAAGCUCGCGCCUGGCUCGAAGACGCAUCAUCACUCAUCAUAACCGCCGGUGCAGGUCUCUCAGCCGCAACAGGCCUCGACUAUACCUCAACAACCCUCUUCGACGCCAAUUUCCCCGCCUUCAAGGCAAAAGGUCUUCGCAGGCUGUAUGAUGUGUUCGGGUAUCAUGGCUGGGACAGUCCAUCCCAGAAAUGGGGAUACUUCUUCUUGCAUAUGGAUAUUGUGCGUCGGUGGCCUGUUUCACCUGUUUACGGACUCCUACGAGAUAUAGUGGGUCGGUUUGAGGAAAGCAGAUAUCAUAUCCGUACGACGAAUGCAGAUGGUUUCUUUGUUAAGAAUGGGUUUCCGGUUGAACGGAUAUCGACGCCGCAGGGUCAAUACAAAUAUUUGCAGUGCUAUGGGAAGUGUAGGGCUGAUGCGGUUUUUCUUUCUGAACCUUUCAUUGAUGCGGCCUUACCGUUUCUUGAUCCUGUUUCACAGGUUCUUACUGAUGAGACAUUGGUGCCGAGAUGUAGGUUUUGUGGCGGGGAGUUGACGCUGUGUGUGCGUGGAGGUGAUUACUUCAAUGCGGGGCCUUUUAGAGGGCAGGAGAGGCUUUGGCGGAAAUUUUUAGAGGAGUUGGAUAUUAAUGGUGGACAGGCUGGGGAAACUGUUAUCUUGGAGUUGGGAGUUGGGUUGAAUACUCCUGGUGUGUUACGAUGGCCGAAUGAGGAUUUGGUAGCUGAAUCCUCGAAUCGAUCGUUUCGGUUGAUUCGAGUUGGGAUGGAGGCUUCAGGUUGUGUGCCCUGGGACUUGGAAGAAGAAGAUUUGGCGGUUGGAAUAUCAGGCGAUAUUGGCGUUGCGUUGGAGUUAUUGUCCACUUGA